UUCUAUAGCACUCUAGUUCAGGACCGCUUCAUGAGCCACUUGUGUCAAUGUCCGAAUUUGACGAUGAAUAAAAAUGGAAGACAUGCGCGCGUAUGCGAACGGUGCGACUUUAUGACAAACGAUCUAAAGAUACUACAAACGCACAUUAAAAUACACAGGGAAAAUUGGCUAUGCCCAUAUUGCUUCUAUCAAACUGGAUCAAACUUCGACCUACAAAACCACGUCUACUACAAGCACAGGGAACAAAACAACAGCGAACGGAAGAUCAAGAUAACCUUGAGAAAGUAUACAUGCCCCUCUUGCUCUUACAGCACCCUAAACAGUAAAUGGUUUCCGCAUCAUUUAAUCUUGUGUCGUUCAAAAGAGCGCGUCGAUGCAAUCAGGAAGGCGACUGCUUGCGACAAGUGCGAAUUCAAAUCAGGGAACGCACAAAUGUUGAAGCUGCACAAGAGAAAGCAUUGGAAGAAACUCAGCUGCCCUUUCUGCACAUACGAACCAAGGUUAAAUAUCGACCUGCAGAAUCACGUUUACAAUCACCACAGAGUUCAAAAUAGGCGGGAGAAGAAGGUCAGGAUCACCGAGCCUAUUCACAAGUGCAAGCGGUGCUCAUAUAGCACGCUGGACAGAAAUGUUUUUGCAAUUCAUAUUGCUGAUUGUCGAAGUAACAAAAACGAUUAA